AUGGCCGCCAGCGUGUCGUUUUAUCAGAACCAUUCCUGUGACAUCCUCCUAUGCAAGGACUGCAAUUUGUCUCUCCACGUUGACUAUGCUAUACCGCCCACUCCAGCUGCGAACACGAUCCUGCGCUCCGGGCACAUGCCCUCAGAUAUGGAACGUCAGUCGAUUCUUCGCACCAUAGAGACGAUGGAGGACUGCGACAAUGAGUUGGAAAAGCAGCUCGCCGCGCUGGACACCCAAAGGAAACAGCUCGAACAAGCGCGCUCUACUAUAAGCAGCGCUCUGAUAGUACAGAAGGCAUACCUAACGCCAAUCCGUCGAUUGCCUUUGGAGAUCUUGUCGAACGUUAUGGCGUGGGCGUGCGAGGGUGAAAUUGAUCUGGCGGUGCGCGUCUGUCCGCCUUUGGCUCUGAGCGCUGUUUGUAAAACUUGGCGAGAUCUGUACCUUAUCGACUCGGCGAGGUCUGUUGGCGCUGUCGAGGAUUUCGUCUGGAUCAAGAACAGACCCCUCCCGCUCCUGCGAAAACUCGGUGGCACAGUGCGACACUUGGAGCUGGCGGUGGAAAGUGGUGUCUUCGAGGGCUUUUCCAGCCUUCGUUGCGUCGUCAUAUCUAACGAGCAAAACCGGAAUGCAAUUCCUGCUCUGCCUUGGGGGCAGUUGGAGGUGCUCGACACUCGCUUGUGCUCAAAUGCAUACGCCCUGCAGGUCCUACAGCAGUGUCAUCAGUUGCGAAGCUGGAAUCACACUGUCUUGAGGAUCGAACCUGGGCUUUGGGCGCCUCCCAGCCUCGUCCGGCUGAAGCACCUUCGGGUAAUCAAUAUUCACAUUCCAUUCAACUCCGUACGCAAUCCCCUCCAACACCUCAUCACUCCGGCUCUCGAAUCAUUGUCCGUCGUGUGGGAAAAUGGUGCGCGAUAUCCCUUCGCAACUCGCGCAAUCCCAGCGUUCGUGGCCCGCUCGUCGUGCACCCUGUGCAGGCUUGAGCUCUCUGCGCCGUUCUUCAUCGACUAUGACUGCCUCCUUGCACUUCGCGACGUCAGGACACUCCAUCUCAAGGGCUCAGACUACGCUCCGAUCAAUCAGCCAUUCAUCGAUAGACUCAUCACGGGCGACUUGUUCCCGUUAUUGGAGACGCUCGAGUUGUCCGGGAACCUCACCUUCUCGAAUGAUUCCAUACGGGAGUUGGUACGGGUCCGCGAAUCCGCCGAAUGCACAUUGCAGCAGAUUACUCUGGACUUCACGGAACAUGACAUUGCCAGACAUGGGCCGUAUCGGGACGUUGUGAAUGGGCUACGCGAGGUCCCCCCUGUGUAUGUGCGUUCGUGA